CAUUUUGUUGUCAAAAAAUCUGAAAACAUUCAGUUUUUAUACUGAAUUAGACAUUUAUAAUAAUGUUUAGCUCUCUAAAUACACAAGUCUCCUCGAAAUUCCAAAAUGCACGCAGACAGUCGGUGGGCACCAAGGAUGUGGCAAACAAAACAAGCCAAUGGCGGAAUAAAGCCAUCAUACCAGUUGGACCAAGACCGAUGCCCAAAGGUGUAGAAAUUACUUCUACAUCACGUACUGCAACGCCACUAGUUAAACCUAGGCAGCGGCCAAACGAGAGCAAGAAAAUUACCCAGGCGGAGUCUAUUCAUAUGCGGUGUAGUGGUGGUAAAGCAAAAUCUAAGCCCAUUGUCAAUGCUCUGCCAUUAUUGAAGGCACAACGUUCUUCUAACAUAACCAUGGAUAAAACGCGGCUGGGUGGACACAGUUUGGGUCUGGGCACAUAUGUUUUGUCUCAUCGCCGCAUUAUACGUCCUUCGUCUUCGGCUAUCUUCGACUAUGACCUCUCGCAGGUGGAACAGAAUAAUUUUCGUCAUUGUCAGUGCCGGGAUCCACCCAUGAAAUCAGUGCCACACGAUGAGUUGCAAUUGUUGCGCAGUGGCCAAAGGACUACAUAUUUAGAGCAACGGUAUGACAGAACUCCUGAUGUUAGGUAUAACUAUCCGCAGGCCACGAGUUGGCGUUAUGGCUGGUUUCAUCGACAAACGCAAAGCAAAAUUGGUGACCCUCUGUGAUUCCUCUUGCCACCCGCCCCGCAUCUGGGAUUGUCUGCGCAGUGUGAUUCGUAAUCCUUUCUUUUUAGUUUUACAAGGAUAUGAGAUAAAAAAUAAGAAGUAACUUUAUAAUAAAAUUUAUACAAAAAAUGAA